AUGGGAUGGGCGUGGGCAUCCACGGGGCAACCAGCCGGCCAGAGCGGCCGCAGCCAGCGCUCGCAUCCCUGUGCCGUUAAGCCAAGGAUUCCUCUUGAUUUUAAGCCCAGGAUAACUCAACAAUUUGAAGCCAAGGAUUCCUCAGGGGUGCUGCCUUUCCUCUCCCUCUCCCCUCCUCGUGCCGCCCUGCUGCAGGCCCAGCUGGGGGACAGCCGGCUCAGCCCUGACGUGGGUUACCUGCUGCUGCACACCCUCUGCCCUGCGCUCUAUGCCUUGGUGGAGGACGGGCUGAAGCCCUUCCAGAAGGAUGUUAUCACAGGCCAGAGGAAAAAUUCCCCCUGGAGCGUGGUGGAAGCCUCCGUGAAGACAGGCCCCAACACCCGCUCGCUCCACUCCCUGUGCUGGCACGUGGCCGGGCUGGCCCCUCUCAGCAGCACCAGACAGAAGUUUCACGCCUUUAUCCUCGGCCUUUUGAACAUUAAGCAGCUGGAGCUGUGGAUCUCUCAGCUGCAGAAGAGCCCAGGUGUCAUCUCUGUGCUGUACUCACCCACGGCCUUCUUUGCCCUGAGCCAAGGCCCUUUUCCUCACCUCGCCGAUGAACUGCUGCUGCAUCAGCCCCUCUCGGUGCUGACGUUCCACCUUGACCUGCUCUUUGAACACCACCACCUCUCCAUGGACGUAAGACCUUUGUCCCGUCGGCUGGAGUCACCCCUGUCUCCUGCCCGUCACUCUGCUCAGGCUCGGGGGGCUGUGCAGCCUGCUCGGGGGGGCCAAAGCGGCGCUGGAGGGGCCAGCCUGGAAGAGGAGAUCCCCGAUGCGCUGGGGCGGGCAGCCAGUGCUGAGGGCAGCACAAGGUCCCAGGCCCAAGCUGCUGCGCGUGGGCUGGUCCCUGCUCCCCAGGUGGGGGCUGCCCUGCAGCAGACCCUCCAGCAUGUGCUGCGAUGGGGCGACCAGCUCAGUCGGGCUUUCCUGGGAGCUGAUGGCUCCCCGGAGACCCCCAGGUCUGAGGCAGGCCCUCAGGAUGCCGGGGCUGGCCUCAGUGGUUGGUGGGGCCAGCUGAGCCAGGCCUCCAGGAUUUAUGCUGCUCCUAGCAAGGAAAAGGUCCCCUUCAUCUGGUGGACAAAGCUGCGGACGGCUGCGGGGGAGUCCAGCCCUGGGCAGGCUGCUCGAUCUCAAACAUCCAUGAAUGAGCCUAGAGGCACGGAGCUGCAGCUUCUUCAGACCAAAGCUGUCCCUGAACUCCCCAGUCCAAAGGCCACUAGCAGUGCUGACACCUCUGGAACCUCUUCCCCUGAAGACCUCGUCCUGCUGGGAGCUGGAGCACCCACCAAGCCAGAUGAUCCCAUUGCUGGAGAAAAACUCCUGCCUGUUUCCCCAGAGCCUCGUCCGAAUGGGGAUCGGGCAGCACCUUCUGACCCAGAGGCGGGUGGUCCUCCUGGUCCUGACAAGGGCAGCUGGCUGGGCCGGCUCUUUGGAGCCACCAGCCCCUCUGCCAGGAGCUUCCCUCCCAAUCCUGACACCACCUCAGCCAAGUCCAGGAGACCUUCCAGCUGGCUGUCCCCCAGCGCGCGCGUCCUGGCCGCGGUGGUGAAGGGGCUGGCGUCCGAGAAGACGCGUGUGCCGGAACCCGAGAGGAAAGUGUCGGCCUCUCCCCAGAGCCACAGGGCAGUUCGGGCGCUGUGUGACCACCUGGGCACUGCUGACGGUCACCUGAGCUUCCAAAAAGGGGACAUCCUGCAGCUGCUCUCCACAGUGGAUGAAGACUGGAUCCGCUGCUGCCAUGGAAACAGCACUGGCCUAGUUCCUGUUGGUUACACGUCCCUAAUUUUGUGAGGAGGCGGGAGGAGACCUGAGGAAGCAGCUGAGCUUGCUGAAGCAGGUGCUGCCCCCUGGGAAGGACAAGGCGGGCUCCUGCCACGGCUUCACCACCUUCGGGGGUGGCAGCACUGCAGGGGACCCUGUCCCGGUGCCGUUGCUGCUGCUCGUUCGUGUGACGUUACCGUCUACCGUGGGUGCACCCCGUGAGCCACUGCUGCGCCUGGCCCCGCAGCCCUGCUGGCGUUUCACCGUGGCUGCCCUUUGGGAACUGCUCUGGCUUGUGUUUCUCAGCUGCUGCCCACGCCUGUGCCAGGGGAGGGAAGGCCCCUGGCCCCGAGCCCUACUCGCUCCUGUGUCGUCUCUGUGCUGUCAUGUCCUGCCACUGCUGCCACCAACACGUGCCCUGCUCUGCCCCGGGGCUGGGGGCCCAGGCCAGCCCCAGCUGCUGCUGCACAGUCCCAGCACUCUGUAAAUAGUUGUAACCACAGGAACGAGCUUAUUCCAAGGGGAAAAAGUUGGAAAUAAAGGUUGUGACUCAUGUG